GCCGUCAUUUGGGGACGAGCGAGCACAGCACACCUCCUGACGACGCUCUCUCCACACAGCCAGCCUCUGUGUCUGCCCAGCUCUUAUCGGCGACCGACAUGGCGGCUAACGGCAGCGUGCGCAGGAAGCUGCAUGAUGCGUCUGCAAGUCUGAAGCCGCACACCACCACGUCGCAUGGUACUCAGACUCCUGAACAAUCGCCCAUAGACAGCAUGCCUGCGCAAUUGCUCCCAAACAUGCCAGCGAAUGGCACCUCGCACACGAACGGCGCGCCGCCUAUGCUGCGCAAGCAGUCCUCGCCCAUGAUGCCACCCUUCAUGGUCUCCGCCCCAGGGAAGGUUAUCGUGUAUGGAGAGCACGCUGUGGUGCACGGCAAGCCCGCAAUUGCCGCCGCCAUCUCCCUCCGAUCGUACCUCCUCGUCUCCUUCCUCUCCAAGUCGCAUCGCACCGUCACCGUACGCUUCCCAGAUAUAGAGUUGGAACACACAUGGGAUAUCGACGAGUUACCGUGGGGCGCCUUCUCUGCGCCGGGCAAGAAGAAGUACUACUACGAUCUGGUGACAUCCCUCGACCCAGAUCUCCUCGCCACCAUACAACCGUUCAUCGAGGAGGUUUCUCCCAAGGUCCCCGAAUCGAUACGCAAGAUACACCACUCGUCCGCCUGCUCGUUCCUAUACCUCUUCCUGUCGUUAGCGUCACGGAAGACACCACCGUGCGUGUAUACCCUACGCUCGACAAUCCCCUUGAGAGCCGGACUCGGUAGCAGCGCAAGUAUCUCAGUCUGCUUGAGUGCUGCGCUGCUGCUACAGAUACGCGCAUUGAGCGGCCCACACCAGGAUCAGCCGCCCAAGGAGUGCGAGCUCCAAAUCGAACGAAUCAACCGCUGGGCAUUCGUAGGCGAAAUGUGCAUACAUGGCGACCCCUCUGGCGUCGAUAACACUGUCGCCUCGGGAGGCAAAGCCGUCCUCUUCCAGCGAACAGCCGGUCCGCCGCGAGUCAUCCCGCUCCACAGCUUCCCCGAGCUCCCCCUCCUCCUCGUAAACACACGCCAAUCUCGCAGCACCUCCGUCGAAGUCGCCAAAGUCUCCACCCUCAAAACGAACCAUCCCGCCCUCACCGAGAACAUCCUCGAUGCAAUCGGUCUCGUCACUGAAUCCGCAUACAAACUCCUCACAUCUCCCGACUUCGAUCCGACCUCCCACACCGCAUUAAAACAUCUCGGUGACCUGAUAACGAUAAAUCAUGGCCUUCUUGUUUCGCUGGGUGUUUCGCACCCCAAACUCGAACGCAUCCGCGAACUCAUCGACCACACCGGCAUCGGCUGGACAAAGCUCACGGGCGCCGGAGGCGGCGGCUGCGCCAUCACGAUCCUCAAACCGCAACCCCCCUCUCUCCACAACGGCAACGGCGCCCAUCACCAUGACUCCUCCGACUCCUCCGACUCCGAAACCGAAUCUCGCUGCGCCGCAUCUAUAAUCUCCUCCGGCACGAAGCUCAAGCACAAGAUCCUCGACAGCCUUGAAGUUAAGCUCGAAAACGAGGGAUUUGAGAAGUUCGAGACGACACUAGCGGGUGAUGGAGUGGGUGUGCUCUGGCCCGCGGUCCUGCAUAAUGGGAAUGAGGAGGAAGGAGGCGAGGAGAUUGACCAAGACAAGUUUCUGAGGGCUGAGGGCACGGAGGGGAUUGAGAGGUUGGUUGGCGUGGCGAGUGCGCGGGCAAGGAAGGUGGAGAGGGACGUUAGGGAGGGUUGGAAGUUUUGGCGGCCGUGGGAGACGGCCUAGUAAAGCCAACUGCCUUGGGUGAGGUAUGGUAAUUGUGGUAAUGUUUCGUUCUUGUGGGACCUUUAGGUUUGCUUCGUUUCAAAAGCGCUUUUCUUCGUAUACUGCUUCGCUGGGAUUUGUACGAUAUUGGAGGGGUUUGAAAAGAUCUGGGACGCGAGUCUUUCUGCGUUUUGAAGAGGGACGACAACGGCUCGGGCGGGUCUUGGGUUGUAGAUAGUCUAGGAAUUCCGACUAUAUGAGAAUAAGCUAAUAGAGUAAUAAUGCACUAU